ACAACUGAUUCGAUUGUAUUUGGAAAUUGCAUAACAUAAUUUGUUAUUAUCAGCACGCCCACAUUCAUUUAUAAUUCUUACUUAAACAAAUCGAGUAAAAUUAAUUUCUAAAUGGUUUUCACUACAGUUAUUAAUUUGGUACGUGCUCGGGGUCCCGAUGAAUUCUGGAGAAAAAGAAAAAUAUUCAAGUUAGCAGCACAUUAUAUCGGUCGUCCUCGAAAUUGCUACUCAAUUACCAUCAGGAGCGUACAUCGUGCACUAGCGUAUGCAACCAAGGGCCGGAAGUUGAAAAAACUGGAUAUGCGAGAAUUGUGGACACAGCGUGUAAAUGCCGGUUGUGAGCAACAUGGUCUUCAGUUUGACACCUUCCGAGAGGGAUUAUAUAGGAAUGACAUUCUAUUGAAUAGAAAAGUACUCGCUGAUUUAGCUAUUUGGGAACCACGAACAUUUGAAGCAUUAGCACUAAUCAGCCAACAAGUUCCGGAUGAUGAUGAAGGGUCAUCUUCGAAGUAAUCGGAUGGAAGAAUUUGAAUGUGAAAUAUGCUACUAGUAUUAAUAAAUAUUUGAAAAUAA